UCUAACCUCGAACUCUCGUCGACGUUUGGCAUUUUUACUAUAUAACAUCCGGUAUUAAACUCUUUUCGAGAGGAGUGUUACAUCGAAGAAAUAAUUGCCCCAGAUUCGACCACCUGGGAACCAAUUUGCAACUACUUUGGCAGUGACGUCCGGCAGCACACAAACCGAAGCCAUCGAUACCAAACAAACCGCGGAAUAAAAGUUUGGUUGACGCGACAUGGACGUCCUUAGCCUAAGUCUUGAUGAUAUCAUCAGGCAGAAGAAAGGAGGCCGUUCCGUUACGAGAAUGGACAACAGGCGUAUUAAGUCUACCAACGUCAAGCCUGUCCAUGCGAGAAACACCGGAGCAGCAGCAACCGUGAGGAAAAAAGCGGCCAAUGCGGGGCGUGGUGUUAGCCGCAGCGGUGACACGGUGGAAAACAUAGCUCACACUGAGCGCAAGCCCAAACCGGUGGUAGACGCGCGACUGAAGAUCAUCCAGAAGAACCGUGCCAAAAUCCGUGAUGCUCGUGACAAGCUGGUGGAGAUAACGCGCACUGCAGGAGACGCGCGACUGCGGUUACUGAGAAAGGGCAAAGAUCGUGUUGCAGGAGCUCCACCGGCGAGCAGCAACGGUAUGGGUAAAAACGGGCACUCCGCGGGUCACCUAGUCGCACGCAAUUUUCACGACCUGACGCCGCCGCAAGGAGCGUUGGACAACUAUCGCGUAAUGAAUCGAAGUACUGGUUUGGAAGUGAUGGAGGUGGACGAAGAUGGCAAUCACAGUCGUCAGAUGACUGUUUCGUCACUUAAGCGCACAGUUCGCAAUGACAUUUUCUCACUCCCGAGUACCAUGCCGCCUCUGCCGACUUUUCGCAGCGUUCGCCAUUCAUCUCCACCAUCGGUCGCCGUACCUAGUUCCAGUUGGGCUAGUGAUCCAUUCGAUUGCUACGAACUGCCGUCCCGUCGUCCAAAUUUAACCGCAACGCCCAUACCGCAACCGAUGCACACGCAGUAUGAAGCUUCCGAUGUGAGCCACCCGCGGAGCAUCCUUCGGACGCGCUGUUCAUCGCCAACUAUCGCAAAGACCGCUGUGGACCAUCAACACCCACCGCAUUUGUCAUCGACGAUGCGGGCACGACUCGAGCGCGCGCCCAAUCCGAGCGAAUCGAUGGGUAUCUUCUCCAAGAUGCCGGACGACCAGCCUCAUAACCUUCAUCAGCAAAAGCAACCAACGGUUGGUGGGUCGCCUUCUGUUUCGUACCGGUUUCAUUCGCCACCAUUGCCACCCACCAAUGGCUACCGCAUCGUGGUUAGCAACUUGCACAGCAGCGUAACCCAGCUGGACAUUAAGGAACUAUUCGAGGAUAUCGGCGACUUGCUUGAGUCACGAUUGGUGCGUCCCGGUGUGGCCGAAGUCAUAUACCGGACACUCAAGGAUGCCGAAAAGGCCGUCGAUGCUUACCAUAACCGUCAACUCGACGGGCAACCAAUGAAUUGCUUGUUGGUGCAUCCGCGCUCCUCCGUCAAACUGACGGCACCGGCUAUCAAGUAUGGUAGGUAAAUGAUGUCACCGUGUACGGUUGCCAGUACCGCCAGUACCCUAACAUUUGGCUACAGAUUACUGUAAAAAACAAUCAUCCCUUACGCAUUAUUCAAGGUUUUGCUAACUUCAUUUUACAAUUUCGCUCUCUGCUCCUCGCUCACUGUCAUUUAGUUUAAGUUAGAUUAAACAACAGAUGAACGUAGGAAAAUUUCGUAUUCGUGCACGUUACAUUCUUGUAGGUCAGAGAGUGCUGUAAUCCAAUGUAUGAGGCUGUUAUUUGCACCGGCACCCUGAAGGAACCACUGAAACCUUUAAAGGCAUUUUAUAGCUUCCAGUGGAAGUUCGAUGUGUAGGAUGGCCGCUUUGAAAAGGGUGUCAAUAAUUUCGGCGCAUAAUUUGAAAAAAAAAAACAAAAAUAUCUACGGAUAUCAUUAUUAUUUCUACUUGUUUCUAUUCGGUAAUUCUGAUAGAUAACAACAAUUAA